AUUAUUUUUCUCUGUAGCUGGGUUUUAUAGCUUUCGUUUAAACUUAUAGAUGAGUGGUUAUCCUCCUCCGUACCAACAGUACCCGCCCGGAGGAUGCUAUCCUCCCGGAAGCAAUCCCGGCGGCUACUAUCCGCCUCCCGGCCCUCCUCCGCCGGGAGUCUAUCCGCCUCAGGUUCCUCCCGGCGAAACUUAUCCUCCACCCGGUCAACCUGCCGUCACCACCGUCAGAGUCGUAGAAGAGAAGAAAGACAACGACUGUGCUCGAGACUGCUGUUUGUGUGCUCUUUGCAUGGCUCUUUGUUGUUUCUGUUGCAGUGAUUGAAGACGUCUAAUUUUUAAGUGAGUUCGAAAUCAAACUUGAACCGAAGUGCCUUUUUUGUAUUGUAUAGGAACGACCUGUAGUACUUUGUAAUACGUAUAUUGGAAACUAUUUUUGCAUUCCAGGAAGAUCAGUUGUGGAUUUUAAUAUUGUAUAUUUAAAAGUUAUUUAAUCAUUGUUUAUGGAUUAUACGUAAUUUUGUUAAAUAUUUUAUAUCUGCAUAUGUUGUCACGAAUAUAAAACUACAAGGCAACAGUAUACAGUAUAG